AAGCAGUUUCUAAAGUUACAGUGGUGAGAGGGGAUUUCUUUACUAUCUAAAGUUUUUCUCUCUAAUAAAACAUCUGAAACUCAGGUCAUCUUUCAAAAUCUCUUGCUGAAACAUGUUGGAAGACAGCGGACCUUGUUUUCACCCAGAAGAUAUUUUUUCCUUCCUCGUUUUGAAUUGAUUGUCAACAGAUGUGGCAGCCACAGGCUUUGGUUGGGUUGGCUCUUAAAGUCAUUGGGGAAAGACAGAGAUGAAUCCCCUUCACACUGGCACUUGGCAGAACAGCGCCGCAUCUUUCUGGCUUCUGAAAUUCACUUUCAUUUGGCUCCUGGGUCAGAAGUACUGCACGGCGAGUGCCGUUUGGACUGCUUACAUGAACAUAUCAUUUCACGUGGGGAACCGCAUGUUGUCAGAGCUAGGGGAGACUGGGGUCUUCGGAAGAAGUUCCAACUUGAAGAAGGUAGCAGGAGUUGUUGUACCACCAGAGGGAAAAACUCAGAAUGCUUGUGAUCCCAAUACCGGUUUCAUCCGGCCGCAGAACAACGAGCCCUGGAUUGCCCUCAUCGAACGAGGAGGUUGCACUUUCACACAGAAAAUUAAGGUGGCUUCUGAGAAUGGAGCCAAAGGAGUGAUAAUCUAUAACUUUCCAGGUACCGGCAACCAGGUUUUCCCCAUGUCUCACCAGGCAUUUGAAGAUACCAUCGUAGUUAUGAUUGGUAACUUAAAAGCAUAUCUCACCUUUUAUCAUAUUCGGAGACUCUGGAUUGCAAGGAUUGAGACCAGGAGAUGGAAGCGGUUAACUAGAGAGCUCAAGAAAGCUUUUGGCCAGCUGCAAGUUCGAGUAUUAAAAGAGGGCGAUGAGGAAGUAAAUCUGAAUGGAGAUAGCUGCGUCAUCUGCUUUGAACACUAUAAGCCUAAUGAUACAGUUCGUUUUCUCACGUGUAAACAUUUUUUCCAUAAGAAUUGCAUCGACCCCUGGAUCCUAGCCCAUGGCACAUGCCCCAUGUGCAAAUGUGACAUUCUGAAAGCUCUGGGGAUUCAGAUGGACAUUGAGGAUGGAACAGACUCUCUGCAAGUUCUUAUGGCAAAUGAGAUGCCUGAAACCUUUUCACCUAUGGAAGAAGAGACAAAUAAUGAACUUCCUCCUGCAGGAACUUCGGGAAAAGUGGCCCAUGUACAGGAGCACCCUACUUCUGCAAACACUGACAGCCAGCCUCCUGCAGCAGAGGAAACUGGCCAUCCUUCACUUGGACAGCAUGACCUUUGAGCAAGUGGAUUAAACCUGUUUGUCAAAUUAGAUCCUC